AUGUCUCACAGGGCUCGGCUCGCUGAGCUCAAGGCCCUUCGCGCCUCUGGCAAGAAAGCCUUUGAUAGUUACAAAGUUUCCGACGUCGAUAAUUUAUACGACGAGGUUGACGAAGAUGGAUACAAGGAGCUUGUUAGAGAAAGAUUGAAUAAGGAUGACUUUGUUGUCGACGACAAUGGUGAAGGUUAUGCAGAUGAUGGCCGUGAAGACUGGGAUCGAGUGCAAGCCUAUGACUCCGAAAGCGAAGACGAGGCCGGCGUCCGUGGACGACCCAGCAAAGCCGCAAAGAAGACUCGUCAGGAAGAGCAGUCCAAGCGAGAUGCCAACGAUAGGGAUAUUAGCGAGUACUUUAAAGGUGUCAACAGGACGCAGCCGAAACCCAAGGUUGUGAAGACGAAGGCGGAUGACGACUUCUUGUCUGAUCUACUCGGCGAAGUCGACAGCAAUAUUCCAGAGCCCGCCCCCCCAAUCUCGAAAGCCGAACGAUCUGGCGGUGGCCGCCGCAAGGCCAGAGCUCUUUCCCCCGCCCCUGAGCCCAUCUCCAAGAAGACCAAGAUUCUCGAUACCCGAAAGCCAUCUCCGCCCCCAGUCCUCGAUGAGGAUGAUAGUUUCAUCAAUUCAGCCGACGGUGAUCUCUUAGAAACUAUGGAUAUCCCUAUGAGCGACCCAGCGCCCUCUUCGCCCGCUGCCAAAGUUGCGCAGAGGAAAGCUCAGCUUAAGCAAGACCAAGAUGACGAAGAUGACGAAGAUAUGAUGGAGGUUGCUCACGCCGGUGCUAUCGCUACAACUAGUGUCAACAUGGCCAGUUCAAGGCCGAUCAAGAAGCUCCUGAAAACGGAAACCUAUCCAACACCCGCCAGCUCAUCUCCUGUCAAGGCAAACGGCGCCCAAGUUGACUCCACCUCCUGGAAUGCUCUGACGGAAAGAUUGAAUGUUGUUUCGAGUUCGCCGGCAGAAACAAAGACCAUUGGCAAAAUUGAUUACAAGGAUGCAAUUGAAACCGAUGGUAGUCUCAACUUCUUCUGGACGGACUACACUGAGCUCAAUGGCAGUCUGUGUCUUUUCGGCAAGGUACUGAACAAGAAGACGAAGUCAUACGUCAGUUGCUUCGUCAAGGUGGAUAAUAUUUUGAGGAAGCUAUAUUUUCUACCUCGCGACCAUCGUGUGCAAGAUGGCGAGGACACGGGCGAGGCAGUUGAGAUGAUGCAGGUGUACGACGAGAUUGAUACCAUGAUGACAAAGAUGAGUGUUGGCAUGUACAAGAUCAAAGCAUGCACGAGGAAAUACGCCUUCGAACUUCGUGAUGUCCCCAGAGAAGCCCAGUACAUGAAGCUUCUCUACCCUUAUACUAAGCCAGAAGUCGAUCCCAACCGGCCCGGCGAGACCUAUUCACACGUCUUUGGUAGCAACACCUCCCUUUUCGAACAAUUCGUUCUAUGGAAGAAUAUUAUGGGCCCAUGUUGGCUCAAAAUCCAAGAUGCCGAUUUCGACAAGCUCAAGAACGCUUCACACUGCAAGCUUGAAGUUGUGGCUGAUCACCCCAACAUGGUCUCUGUCUUGAGCGAAUCUGAUAACCUUGAUGCACCCCCCUUGACUCUUAUGAGCGUAUCUCUCAGAACUGCCUUCAAUGAGAAGGACAACAAACAAGAGAUUCUGUCUAUCAGCGCGAGAAUUUACGAGAAGAUAUCUCUCGCCGAUACUACACCUGCUGAGAAGCUGCCGUGUCGAACAUUCACUGUAAUCCGCCCACAUAGCCAGGCUUUCCCCAUGGGCUUUGAUCAGCUUGCGAAAAAGAGAAACCGUGGUCUCAUUGUCCUGAAAAAGCAAGAGGCUGACAUUCUUGCAUUCUUCCUUGCCCAGGUCGAUGUUGCUGACCCGGACGUCAUUCUUGGUCACCAAUUGGAGGGCGUAGACUACAGUGUACUCCUCAAUCGCCUGCAUGAGAAGAAGAUUCCUGGCUGGUCCAGACUGGGCAGACUCCGCCGUACACAGUGGCCAGCAUCAAUCGGCAAGACUGGUGGUAAUGUUUUUGCCGAGCGGCAGAUCCUUUCAGGUCGUCUUAUGUGUGAUCUGGCCAACGAUGCUGGAAAGUCGGUCAUGCUCAAAUGUCAAUCCUGGAGUUUGACAGAGAUGUGUAGUCUAUACCUAUCUGGAGACAACCGCCGCCGUGAAUUCGACAAUGAGGUGGCUCUAAAGACUUGGGCCAAGGAGAAACAGGGCCUUCUUGACUACAUUACCCACAUGGAGGCUGAUACACACUAUAUCGCAGCUCUGGCUCUAGGUGUUCAGAUGUUGCCUUUAACAAAAGUUCUAACGAACUUGGCAGGAAACUCAUGGGCACGAACUCUGACUGGAACUCGUGCAGAGCGCAACGAGUACAUUUUGCUUCACGAAUUCUACCGCAAUAAGUACAUCUGCCCCGAUAAGCAGACGUUCCGCAGUCGCCAACGUGCCGAAGAAGCACAACGCGAGGAGGAAGCUGCCGAUGGGAAGAAGAAGGACAAGUAUAAGGGUGGUCUGGUUUUUGAGCCAGAAAAGGGUUUGUAUGACAAGUUUGUACUUGUCAUGGACUUCAACUCCUUAUAUCCUUCCAUCAUUCAAGAGUUCAAUAUCUGCUUCACAACUGUAGACAGGCCUGAUACGAAGGAGGGCGAGGACGAAGUCCCUGAGGUCCCUACCAACCAAGAUCAAGGAAUUCUUCCUAGACUCAUUGCCACUCUUGUCAGCCGUCGCCGCCAAGUCAAGAGUCUCAUGAAGGACAAGAAAGCUACUCCGGAGGAGCUAGCCACGUGGGACAUCAAGCAGCUUGCGCUCAAACUAACUGCCAAUUCUAUGUACGGGUGUUUGGGAUACACUAAAUCACGCUUCUACGCUCGGCCUCUGGCUGUUCUGACAACUUUCAAAGGCCGUGAGAUUCUUCGCAGCACAAAGGAACUCGCAGAGAGCAAUUCUUUGCAGGUUAUUUAUGGCGAUACUGAUUCCGUCAUGAUCAAUGCUAACGUGGAUAAUGUCGCCGAUGCCUUCAAGGUUGGCAACGACUUCAAAAAGGCAGUCAACGAGCAAUACAAACUGCUUGAGAUCGACAUCGACAACGUCUUUCGCCGAAUCCUUCUCCAGGCCAAGAAGAAAUAUGCCGCCAUUAAUCUCGUGGAGAAGGAUGGCAAGUUCAUCGAGAAGAUGGAAGUCAAGGGUCUUGACAUGAAACGUCGAGAGUACUGUGCCCUUUCCAAGGAGAUUUCUCAACAUCUGCUGAACGAGAUCCUUUCUGGCGACGAUACCGAAGUCUCUGUCGCCCGAAUCCACGAAUAUUUAAGCGAAAUUGCUGGCAAGAUGCGCGAACAGAAUGUUCCUGUACAGAAAUACAUUAUCCAUACACAGCUUGGAAAAGCACCCAAAGACUACCCUGACUCCAACUCUAUGCCUCAGGUUCAAGUCGCUCUUCGCGAAAUGGCCAAAGGUAAAACGGUCCGCAAGGGAGAUGUCAUCGCGUACGUGAUUACAGGGGACAGCAACAGCUCUGAACCUGCCCCCAAGCGAGCGUAUACCCCUGCCGAUAUAAAGGCAGACCCUUCCUUGUUGCCCGAUGUCGAAUGGUACAUUGGCAAGCAGAUCUUCCCGCCUGUCGAGCGUCUUUGCGCCAACAUCGUUGGUACGUCCACUUCGCAACUGGCGGAACAGCUUGGUCUAGACAUCAAGCGCUACAGCUCCUUCCAGACGCAACAAAAUAGCUCAAGCAACGACCUCGAGAUUCAUCCAUUGGAUUCUCAAAUUCCAGACGAGGUUCGUUUCGCUGACUGCUCCCGUUUGUCCCUGCGCUGCCGAAAGUGUAAGGUCUUGUCCACCUUUGAAGGACUCGCUGCAUCCCCUGAUCGGGUAUCUCAGUCGGGCGUUCUCUGCAGCUCCUGUGGUACACCGAUUUCAACACUUUCGAUUGUUGCUCAAGUGGAGCAUGCCAUCCGUACCCAGACAAGUCGAUACUACGAGGGCUGGCUUACCUGUGAUGAUAGCCAGUGCGGCAACCGAACUCGUCAAAUGAGUGUCUACGGUUCUCGCUGCCUUGGACCCAAGGGACUUGCGCGAGACUGUCUUGGUCGAAUGCGAUACGAAUACACCGAAAAGGCAAUUUACACCCAGCUACUCUACUUUGCUAGUCUCUGGGACGUAGAUAAGGCAAAGACCAAAGCUGCGACUGUUGAUAUGCCUAGACAAGACCGCGAAAACAUCCUCGCGCUAGCUGAGCACAACCGCGUGCGCUUUGAGAAUCUCAAGGGCAUUGUCGACAAAUAUCUUGAUAAAUGUGGUCAUCAAUGGGUGGCUAUGGAUACUCUAUUCACCAAAUUGGGCUUCAAGCCACUGGCAUAG